AUGGGCCGUGACUGUCCGGUGGUCGCGGCGCUAGGGGUAUGGGGGCCAUAAAACAGGAAUUGAAGUAUCGGACGCUUCCCUGUUUGCCCUCUAGAGGAUUCGAAGAGGCGGCGGUUAUGCCGCAUCUACGAAGAAGAGACAACUUGAAUGUGUUUCUCCGUGGCACGUUUUCGCGAACGUUGCUACCCACCCGGUGUUUACUUAACACCCCCCAUGUGGACGGAGGAUAA